AUGACGGAAGUCCUGGGAUUCAGAAUGAUCUUCCACGGAGGCACCAUGCUGUCGGUGCCCAAGUUUGCAAUGUGCUGCAUUGGCAUUUGGCCCGUGAAGAAAAAAAAUCUCUUCAUGGAUCUUAGAUGGAUCAUUGCGGUAUUUUUGGAAGUAAUACCGAUGUGCGUAUAUAUUACCGAAAUUUACCUCCAUUGUAACGGCGCGAAACAAUCCUUUGAUUCGAUAACAACCGGUUCAGCUGCCGCGUUAGCCCUUACAAGGCUAAUCACACCGCGAAUUCAUCGAGAGGAAUUACUCGAAAUAGUCACCUCCAUGACGGACGAUUGGGCAUCGCAGAAGGAUAAGAAAGUGCGCUGGAUCAUGAAGAAGUACGCGACGAUGUCAACGCGCGUGACGACGCUCACCUUCAUUCUGGUGGGCAUCAUAGUGGGUGUUUACGUCUCUAUGGCGAUAUCGAUGAUUACUGGAAAAAAGCAUAAUAACGAGAUCGACAGUGCAAACACGAGCCACGAGGACCGCAUUUCUAAGCACGAGUCCUGCGUGUUUCGAAGCGAGUCGUCGCGUCAGAUGUUUAUGAUCGUUCAGGCGAUGCAAAUGUUUAUCACCGGAAUAUCGACCUUCGGUACCACCAGUUUCUUCUUCGGACUGGCCAUGUAUUUGUGCUCCCAGUUCGAUGCGUUGAGCGUCAAGCUGUCCAAAUUCAGGGUCAACGAAGCGCAUCGCGCGAUAGCCGAAGCGGUCCAGAGGCACUGCCAGCUUAUCCGCUUGGCCAACUGUAUGGAGGAGUCGUUCAAUGCAAACAUUUUGAUGUAUCUGUUCGUCACCAGCACUCUCAUGUGUAUAGAUGGCUUUAUGCUAAUCGUGUCAUUACGUCUUGGCAAUCUAUCUAUGAUUGUGCAUAACGUUAGCAUUUUAUUUCUCAUGAUAAUCCAACUGUCAUUUUAUACGUUCGCGGGUGACUGUUUGGAGAUGAGAAGUACCGCGCUGUCAUAUGCCACUUACGACUGCCAUUGGUAUGAGCUGCCAGCCAAUGUAGCCAGAGACUUUCAUAUUAUUCUAAUGCGAGCCAGUAUUCCACAUCAAUUGACAGCCGGAAAAUUUUUGCCCAUGAACAUGAUUAUGUUCAAAGAUAUUUUGAAGUCCACAGCGUCAUAUCUCUCGGUUCUGCGUGUCAUGUUGAAUGAAUAA